AUGCUAAAGCUAAACUCAGAUGGUAGUGCUACUUCGUCUGGGCUGGGGGCUGGUGGUGGUAUUCUAAGGGAUUGUUAUGGUGGUCUUAUUUUCGCUUAUCAUGGAUACUUUGGUAAGGCAACUAGCUUGCAUGCAGAAGCAAAGGCGUUAUUACUCGAGUUCCUUGGUCUACUAUAUUUCAGAAAAUUGAAAGAUAUCGUGACUACUUUUGAUCAUUGUUACAGAGAGUCCAAUCAUGUAGCGGAUGCUUUAGCUACUUUAGGGCAGCAAGAGAGGCGUUUUUUCCAUAAGCUUUCUACACUGCCGUCGGGGUUACGAAGUCUGAUCUCCAUGGAUUCAGUAAAUCUGCCUAGCAUACGUGUUAGGAGGCGCGUAGCGGGAAAGAAUGAGUGA